AUGGCAGCUGUAAUCCGACCGCAAUACAAUCAACAACCAGUACCAUGUACAGUAGUACAACAACCUCAAAUAACAUACGAAACUCAGAGAGUUAGUACAUCUUGCUGUAUACCGCGUGAGAAGGCAUUGUCAGAGGAACUUCGACCAGCACAACUGGGGCUUGGUGUUACAUUACUUGUGACUGGUCUUGUGAGUUUAAUACUCGAAAUUGUUGGAUUUUUUACCACCUAUACUGUCCAUACUUAUAGUGGCAAUGGCUAUAAUUAUACAUAUUUAAUCUACAAUCCAACUACCUUUUUCGCUUGCGGUAUUUGGGCUGGAUUGUUUUAUCUGUUGGCAGGUAUCUUUGCCAUUGCAAAUCACAAGAAACAAAAAGCAGCCAGCAUUCAUCUGAUGAAUAGUUUGUAUGCAUUCUCCAUUUUGGGUUUCGUAUCCUCCAUUGGUCACGUUGGCAUCAGUUUUGGUUAUUUGAUUGGUCGUAGUACUCUUCCUUCUAUCUGGUUCAACAUUGUAUCUUUGGCCUUAGCAGUAACUGGCUCUGCUACCACUUUAACUUUCCUUGUAAUACUCAGUAGAGAACUCUAUUGCAAAUCUUAUCCUGGGGGUGCUCAUUCUGCACACUAUCAAUCGGCAACUCACGUUAUAACAAUGCAACAAUAUCCAAAUCAGCAAGUGCCUAUACAAUACCAACCCGCUCAGGCAACAUAUACGCAAGCUAUUCAACCUGGGCCGUACACAGCAGUCCCGAAUCAGAUUUCCACCAAUCAGUCAGAACCUACAAAAACUAUGGGUGGUAAUCCCUAA